AGUAUUCGUAGCUAUAUUGAGCUGUUAGGGUUAUGCGCGUCGUCGUUGUUCGCGUUUAGUUCAGUACCGUAGGAAUACUAGAAAAUUGUGUAUUUUUUGUGGCAAAAUUUCUUGAAAAUAAAUGCAGUAAAUGCAAUUCAUUUGCCGUGAAGUGAAAAUCAAAAAUCGCCAGUGUUAACGAUCCGAUCGUUCAAAGCGAAAAUAUCGUAUACGGAUUGUCGCGAACACCGUUUUCCAACCGGGCGUAUAUCGCGCGCAAAUGUAAACAAAAUUUUACAUUUAUCGUGCCAACCAUAGUCGCUGCCAUAAGUUUGGCGGAUUAUUUGGGUGUUUUAAAAUCGUGGAAAUAAUUGUUGAAGAAAGUGUUUGUGCAAAAAACAAGAAAAAUUUCAUCAUAAACAAAUCCAAAAACGGCCACACAUUCGGUGUGCGUACGUCACCGAUAAUUGAAUACAAACCGGUUCCGUGAUUGUCGCGUAUCGCGCGUACUAUUCGGAUCGAAUUUAGUUAUCGGGUUUUUCUAGCAGCCGGCGUUCAUCGAUAUAUUGGAUGAUAACCCCAUCGAACGUAUAUGGAUGUAUGUGAUUUGUGAUUUGUGUCCACUUUGCAAUUAAUUCGAUCGACGACCAAUAAUUUUGAGCAAAAACACGAAAAAGCAAAGAAUUUGAAAGAAAAAGAAUCAAGUGUGUGUUCAAAACAAGCAAAAAAAAGAGAAAAAAUUGAUUGAAAAAAAAAGAAGCCAGAUAAAAAAGAAUAUAUCGAAGAAAAGGCAUUGAAAUCAAGUGCAUCUGUGUUUUGUGUUGAUAUCUGUGUGUAUAAGUGAAAACACAAACGAAAACAUGGGAUUACCGAGGAAUUGGAUUAUAUUCGCGCUAAUAUUUAUAUGGAUUAAUAAUGCUGCUAUAAAUGCGGCACCAGCGACAACCGAUGAAGAAAAUAAAGGACCCGUUUUUCUAAAAGAGCCUAUCAAUCGCAUUGAUUUUUCUAAUUCAACAGGUGCCGUCGUGGAAUGUCGAGCAUCGGGAACGCCUGCCCCUGAGAUCAUCUGGGUAAGACAGAGUGAUGGUACGGCCGUUGGUGAUGUGCCCGGUUUACGGCAAGUUCUAUCGAACGGCAAUCUCGUGUUUCCACCAUUCCAAGCGGAGGAUUAUCGUCAAGAAGUGCACGCUCAGGUCUAUGCAUGUUUGGCUAAAAAUCAAUUCGGUUCGAUUAUUUCGCGUGAUGUGAACGUUCGUGCCGUGGUUAGUCAAUUUUAUGAGUCUCAAGUGUAUGAUGAAUAUGUAAUCAAGGGAAAUGCUGCCGUAUUGAAAUGCAAUAUCCCAUCGUUUGUGUCCGAUCAUGUGGAAAUUAUCGAAUGGGUCGAUACCAAUGGCGGCCUAUAUACCAGAGACGAUAGUAACAACGACGGCAAGUACUUAGUGCUACCAUCAGGUGAAUUGCAUAUUCGUGAAGUUGGACCAGAGGAUGGAUACAAAUCGUACCAAUGUCGUACAAAGCAUCGUUUGACUGGCGAAGCGCGUUUGAGUGCAACGAAAGGACGUCUCGUAAUUACUGAGCCAGUCACGAAGAUUAGACCAAAGUUUAAUGAAGGUGAUGAACUCAAUAUGGUUCGUGCACGACUGCAGCGCAAUGUCCGGUUGCUUUGUCCAGCACAGUCAAGUCCGGCACCUUUGUUUAGAUGGUACAAAUUUAUCGAGGGUACAACACGUAAACAGGCUGUGGUUUUGAAUGAUCGAGUCAAACAGGUGUCGGGCACAUUGAUCAUUAAGGAUGCAGUAAUCGACGAUUCGGGAAAAUAUUUGUGCGUUGUGAACAAUUCGGUCGGUGGAGAAAGUGUUGAAACUGUAUUGACUGUAACGGCUCCAUUGUCUGCGAAAAUCGAUCCACCAACACAAACCGUCGAUUUCGGUCGGCCGGCUGUGUUUACAUGCCACUACUCAGGUAAUCCAAUCAAAACGGUGUCAUGGAUGAAGGACGGCAAACCAAUGCCCGGACACAGCGAUGCUAUUCUUCGCAUUGAAUCGGUGAAAAAGGAAGACAACGGCAUGUAUCAAUGUUUUGUUCGCAACGACCAGGAAAGUGCACAGGCCAGCGCUGAACUCAAAUUGGGAGGAAGAUUCGAUCCACCAGUCAUUCGACAUGCAUUUACCGAGGAAACUCUUCGCCCUGGACCACCAGUAUUUUUAAAAUGUAUUGGCGGUGGCAAUCCAACACCGGAAAUCUCAUGGGAAUUGGACGGAAAGAAAAUUUCAAACAAUGAACGCUACCAAGUCGGCCAAUAUGUAACUGUGAACGGCGAUGUGGUUUCAUACUUGAACAUCACCUCGAUCCAUGCUAACGAUGGUGGUUUGUACAAAUGUUUUGCGAGCAGCAAAGUCGGCACAGCUGAACAUUCGGCCAAAAUCAAUGUCUACGGUUUACCAUAUAUUCGUCCAAUGGAAAAGAAGGCUAUCGUCGCCGGUGAAACGCUUGUUGUUACAUGCCCAGUUGCUGGCUAUCCAAUUAAGUCCAUCGUUUGGGAACGCGAUAACCGUGCAUUGCCAAUCAACCGAAAGCAAAAAGUCUUCCCGAAUGGAACUCUCAUCAUUGAAAAUGUCGAACGAAACUCCGAUCAAGCAACCUACACGUGUGUGGCCAAAAAUGCGGAAGGAUACAGUGCUCGUGGUGCAUUAGAAGUUCAAGUAAUGGUUAUACCGUCGAUUAUACCAUUUUCCUACGAUGAGAUUGUCAAUGUUGGCGAUGCAUUCAAUCUAUUUUGUCAAAUAUCCAAGGGUGAUAAGCCAAUCGUCAUCAAAUGGAAUUUUCGCGGUUUUGACGAUUCACGUGACAUUCAAAUCAAUACAAAACGCAUUUCGGAUAAAUCAAGCCUGCUGUCGAUAUCAAAUGCGACCGCUUCGCAUAGCGGCACAUACACAUGCAUGGCUACGAACAAUGUAGGCUCAUCCAGCUAUUCAACGAAUAUCACAGUGAAUGUACCACCAAGAUGGAUUUUGGAGCCAACCGACAAGGCCUUUGCUCAAGGUUCAAAUGCCAAGGUGGAAUGCAAAUCCGAUGGUUUCCCGAAGCCACAAAUUGUUUGGAAGAAAGCUGUUGGUGAUACUCCUGGUGAAUACAAGGACAUGAAGGCAAACGAUAACAUUCGUGUGGAUGAGGGAACUUUGUACAUCAACAACAUUCAGAAAAAUAACGAAGGAUACUAUUUGUGCGAGGCGAUCAAUGGCAUUGGAUCUGGUUUGAGUGCGGUGAUUUUGAUCAGUGUCCAGGCUCCACCGGAAUUUGCUGAAAAACUACGAAAUCAAACUGCUCGUCGUGGUGAACCGGCUGUUUUGCAAUGCGAAGCAAAGGGCGAAAAACCAAUUGGCAUCUUAUGGAAUAUGAAUAACAUGCGUUUGGACCCAAAAACCGACAAUCGAUACACAAUUCGCGAAGAGAUUCUGGCCACCGGUGUUAUGUCCUCACUGUCAAUCAAACGCACUGAACGCACGGAUUCGGCUUUGUUCACCUGUGUUGCCACAAAUGCAUUCGGUAGUGACGAUGCUAGCAUCAACAUGAUCAUUCAAGAAGUGCCAGAAAUGCCAUACGCUUUGAAAGUCUUGGAUAAAUCGGGUCGAACAGUGCAAUUGAGCUGGGCCAAACCAUACGAUGGCAAUUCACCACUCAAACGUUAUAUCAUUGAAUUUAAAACGUCUCGCGGUUCAUGGGAACAUGAUGUUGAUCGAGUCAUUGUGCCGGGUCAUACAAACGAAGCUCAAGUGCAACAAUUGAGUCCAGCCACCACAUACAAUUUCCGCAUCGUUGCUGAGAAUGAAAUUGGUGUAUCCGAUUCAUCGGAAGUCGUUCCAAUCAUCACUGCCGAAGAGGCUCCAUCGGGCAAACCUCAAAACAUCAAAGUCGAACCCACUUCACAGACAUCGUUGCGCGUUACAUGGAAAGCACCACCACGUUCCGAUUGGAAUGGUGAAAUUUUGGGAUACUACGUUGGCUACAAAUUGUCCAGCUCGAACAGUUCAUACUAUUUCGAAGAAGUGAAAUACUCAAUGGAAGAGGGCAAAGAAUACAGUUUGGAAUUGACAAAUUUGAAAACGUACACACAAUACUCGGUUAUCAUUCAAGCGUACAAUAAAGUUGGUGCCGGUCCAAUGAGUGACGAAGAAAAACAAUACACUGCUGAAGGUACACCAGACCAACCGCCAAGCGAUACAAUGUGCACAACGCUCACCUCACAAACGAUUCGCGUGUCAUGGGUCAGUCCACCGCUUGAAUCGGCCAACGGUCUUAUCAAAGGAUACAAAGUGGUUUAUGCACCAAGCGAACUGUGGUACGAUGACAAGAACAAAAAUUAUAAGAAAACUGCCUCCAGCGAUACGGUUUUGCACGGCUUGAAAAAGUACACGAAUUAUACGAUGCAAGUGUUGGCCACAACAACCGGCGGUGACGGUGUACGAAGUUCUCCAAUUCAUUGUCAAACAGAACAGGAUGUUCCUGAGGCUCCAACUGCUGUCAAGGCUUUGGUAUAUGGUGCACAAGCAAUUUUGGUAUCAUGGCGACCACCGACACAACCAAACGGAAUCAUUUCACAAUAUACUGUUUACUCGCGCGAAGAAGGAAGCGAAGCCGAACCAAAGAAGGAAAAAGUGCCAGCAUAUCAAAUGAGCUUCGAAGCAUCCGGUCUUGAGAUGAACAAACCAUACGAGUUCUGGGUGACAGCCAGCACAAAUAUUGGCGAAGGACAACAGUCAAAGAGCGUUAUUUCCAUACCGAGCGAUAAAGUACCGGCCAAAAUUGCCUCAUUCGAUGACACAUUCAUUGCCACAUUCAAAGAAGAUGCCAAAUUACCUUGUCUCGCUGUCGGUUCACCCACACCAAAUAUCACAUGGAAGGUAAAAGGCGCCGAUUUCGUACCAAAUGAACGUAUGCGAAUUCUUGCACAAGGAACACUCUUCAUCAAAGAUGUUAUUCGACAAGAUGCCGGUGAUUAUACAUGCGUUGCAGAGAAUUCAAUUGCCAAAGACUCAAUAACACACAAAUUGACGGUUUUAGCUCCACCACAAUCACCGCAAGUGACAUUGACCGCAACAACGACUGAUUCACUAACACUGAAAUUGAAACCACAUGAAAUGGACUCAGCACCAAUUCAUGGUUACACAUUGCACUACAAACCGGAGUUUGGUGACUGGGAAACAGUUGAAGUGGCUGUUGAUGCACAGAAAUACACAAUCGAAAGUCUGUUCUGUGGCUCACGUUAUCAAGUCUAUGCUACUGGAUAUAACAGCAUUGGUGCCGGCGAAGCCUCAGACAUUUUGAACACACGGACCAAAGGAUCGAAACCAAUAAUGCCAGAGAAUUCCAAAUUCAUUGAGCCAUCAUCGAAUUCGGUGACAUUGCAUCUACCCACAUGGAAGGAUGGCAGCUGCCGAAUGUCACAUUUCGUUGUUGAACACAAGAAAAAGGAUCACAUUGAAUGGAAUCAAAUUUCGAAUAAUGUGAAACCCGGCGGUAAUUUUGUGGUGCUCGAUUUAGAACCAGCCACAUGGUACAAUGUUCGAAUUACAGCUCACAAUAGCGCCGGUUUCACAGUAGCUGAGUAUGAAUUUGCCACAUUGACCGUGACCGGAGGUACAUUGGCACCACCGUUGGAUAGUGUUCAUCGUUUUGACAGCAAUGGCCAUCCGAUUUAUUUGCCACCAUGGAUGAGCGACUGGCUCAAUCUCAACGUAAUGGUUCCAAUGAUCGCAAUGAUUGUGAUUAUCGUCGGCAUUCUAGUCAUUUGUAUCGCUCUAACUCGACGACGUGUUGACAUGCGAAAUGGACAAAAGGAUGUAUACUACGAUGUAGUUUACAAUCAGUCAAUGGGACCAGGCGCUACGUUAGACAAACGACGACCAGAUUUACGUGAUGAAUUGGGCUAUAUUGCGCCGCCAAAUCGUAAAUUACCACCCGUACCCGGAUCCAACUACAACACCUGUGACCGCAUCAAACGAGGCACUGUUAUCAGCCGUAGCAUGAGAUCAAAUCAUUCGACAUGGGAUCCGCGUCGUCCAUUGUAUGAAGAAUUGAAAGCGCCACCAGUGCCACGAAGACAUUAUCAUAACAACGAUGACUGCUACCAUGCUCAUCCGCCAGGUAGAACUGUGUUCCGCAUGGAAGAUGAAAUUUGCCCGUACGCAACAUUCCAUUUGCUUGGCUUCCGUGAAGAAAUGGACCCGACCAAAGCCAUGAACUUCCAAACAUUCCCGCAUCAAAACGGUACAGCUACACCAGGCCAUACAGGAACCAUGGGAACUGGCCCAUCCAAUGCACACAUGCAUUCGCGAUCUGGAUCGCAAUCAAUGAAUCGAUAUGCCCGAAAGAAUAGCCAAGGUGGUCAAAGUUCAAUCUAUUCACCGGCUCCAGAAUAUGAUGAUCCAGCUAAUUGCGCUGAAGAGGAUCAAUACCGACGAUACACACGUGUCAACUCACAAGGUGGCUCAUUGUACGGUGGCGGUCCUGAAUACGAUGAUCCAGCCAAUUGUGCUCCUGAAGAUGAUCAAUACGGAUCUCAAUAUGGCGGAAACUAUGGCGCGCCAUAUGAUCACUAUGGCUCUCGCGGCUCAGUCGGCCGUCGUAGUGUCGGUUCAACUCGAAAUCUGCCGAUAAAUGGAUCACCAGAGCCACCAGCACCACCGCCACGUAAUCACGAUACACCACGUGGUGACCGUGACCGUGACCAAAGUCUCAACGUUUCAAACGAAAGUAAUGAAAUCUCUGAAGCGGAAUGUGAUCGCGAUCACCCACGCGGCAACUACGGAGAAAAAGAGAAUCCUGAUGCCAAAAGGUCGCCAAAUGCAAAAGAUGGUCGUACUCCCGAAGAAAUUCGUAAAUUAAUCGACAGAAACGAAAUUACAGCAACAAAAUUCCAACAACAAGGCGGCUGCACAGGACUCACAGCCUACGAUACUAUGGCAGUAUAAUUUGUAAAUGCGUUCUAAAUAAACUACCCGAAUGGAGUAAAAACCAUUCAACACGAUCAAAAAAAAAA